CCUCUCCCCAGCCCCUCCCUUUCCGUCUCUGCUCGCCUCUCUCCUCUUCAGCCUUGCCUGCCUGUCAGAAAAGGUACUCCAGUGUUGGAGGCUAGGCUACCGUCCUCCUCCUCCUCCUCCCCGGACCCCGUACGAGAGCCAAGCCGCCGUCGUACCCCAAGGCUCGGGCUCCCCUCCUCUCUCACACAGCUCCGACCAUGGCAACCACCGCUACUUCCACCAGGUUCACCGACGAGUACCAGCUGUACGAGGAGCUCGGGAAGGGAGCUUUUUCAGUGGUGCGUAGGUGUGUAAAGAAGUCAUCAGGACAGGAAUAUGCUGCAAAAAUCAUCAACACUAAGAAGCUGUCUGCAAGAGACCAUCAGAAGCUUGAGAGAGAGGCUCGUAUCUGCCGUCUUCUGAAGCACCCCAACAUCGUGAGACUCCAUGACAGCAUUUCAGAGGAAGGCUUUCAUUACCUAGUCUUUGACCUGGUGACAGGAGGAGAGCUUUUUGAAGACAUUGUAGCCAGGGAGUACUACAGUGAGGCUGAUGCCAGUCAUUGCAUUAGUCAGAUCUUGGAGAGUGUCAAUCAUAUCCACCAGCAUGAUAUUGUGCACAGAGACCUCAAGCCUGAGAACCUGUUGUUGGCCAGUAAGAUGAAGGGAGCUGCAGUGAAGCUGGCAGACUUUGGCCUUGCUAUUGAAGUGCAGGGAGACCAGCAGGCUUGGUUUGGGUUUGCAGGCACCCCUGGCUAUCUCUCACCUGAAGUCCUGAGGAAGGACCCCUACGGCAAGCCUGUGGACAUAUGGGCUUGUGGUGUUAUUCUCUAUAUCUUGUUAGUGGGAUAUCCUCCAUUCUGGGAUGAAGAUCAGCACAAACUCUAUCAGCAGAUCAAAGCUGGGGCAUAUGAUUUCCCCUCCCCAGAGUGGGACACAGUGACUCCAGAGGCAAAGAACCUGAUCAACCAGAUGUUGACCAUCAAUCCAGCCAAGAGAAUCACUGCCGAACAGGCCCUCAAACACCCAUGGGUCUGCCACCGCUCUACAGUGGCAUCUAUGAUGCACAGACAGGAAACUGUCGAGUGUCUCCGCAAGUUCAAUGCUCGCCGAAAACUCAAGGGAGCCAUUCUCACCACCAUGCUGGUGUCCAGAAACUUCUCAGUGGGCCGGCAGCAUACCAACUCUGCUGCUGCCGCCUCCUCCACGGCCUCACUGGCUCAGGAAGCAUGCAAAAGUUUACUCAACAAGAAGUCAGAUUCUGCUAAGCCUUCUACCAACAACAGUAAGAACAGUAUAGUGAGCGCCAUCAAUGCCCUGAAAGACACCAACAUGGCAACCAACGCCCAGAUGGAAUCGCAGAGCACAGUGGUGCACAACCCUCCCGAUGGAGUCAAGGGAUCAACAGAGAGCAACGCCACCAACGACGAGGAGGAAAUGAAAGGUAGGAAAGCGGACAGUUCGGCGCUGAGUCAGAGCAGCGCCACAGAGGAGAUGCCCCCACUUCUGCCCUCACCUCAAAGUUCACCUGCCAUUCCACCGCAUGACGUAAAGCGCAUGGCAUGGAACAGCACAGGCAACAGCUCCUGCCCCGAGUCUGAGCUCUCGCAGUCCCCCAUGCCUGCCGCUCCACUAGGGAGCAACACUGUCGCUGCUAAAAGCAACACUAAGCAGACCCGUAAACAGGAGAUCAUCAAGAUAACAGAGCAGCUGAUUGAAGCGAUCAACAAUGGAGAUUUCGAUGCCUACACGAGGAUUUGUGAUCCUGGACUCACCUCUUUCGAACCUGAGGCUCUGGGGAACCUGGUGGAGGGCAUGGACUUUCACAAGUUCUACUUUGAAAACUUGCUGAGUAAGAACAACAAGCCGGUGCACACCACCCUGCUCAACCCACACGUGCACCUGAUCGGCGAGGAUGCGGCGUGCAUCGCUUACAUCCGGCUCACACAGUUUGUGGACUCCACGGGCCACCCUCGUUCCAGCCAAUCAGAGGAGACCAGGGUGUGGCAUCGUCGCGAUGGCAAGUGGCUCAAUGUUCACUUCCACUGCUCAGGAGCGCCUGCCGCACCACUACAGUGAUCAGUGGUCCUGAGCCUCCAGUCUACUGGAGUGUGUGUUUUGGGGGGCAGUUUUUUUCAGCGAGCGUGUUUAAGAGGCACGUCCUCUGCGUGGAUUGGCUAGUGCCAGGAGCCCGGCCGGGCGAGAUCGCAUCCCUCUCCACGAUACCAACCAAUCCUGUCCCUCCUUUGACCUGCUGGGGGCCGGCUGAACACAAGACACCGCCCCCUAUGGGAUGAUGCAUGCAUCUGGCGCCUGAUUGGAGGGCGCGUCUUUGCCCUCUAUCCCUCCCCUGGCAGCCAUCUUUUUUCUGCCCGCGCGAGAUGAGACGCCCUGGGGGAGGAGAGGAUUUACAGUUGAACUUGUGACAGUUUAUGAGUAUGAGUUAUGAAUAUACUGUGUAAAUUAUGACUAGAUGUACCAGAAACCACCAAAACCCAACCAAGCAUUUAUAUUCACUAUCUAAUAAGGGAGGAACAGAGAGGAGUGUGAAGUUAGCAGCUGAGAUUUUGGACACAUUUUUGGCAUUCUAGGGAUUACCGGGUAGAAAGUGUUGUGCUUGUUACCCGGGCGUUGAUGUAAAGAUGUAGGGAGAUUUUUUUCCCCCAACUGAAUUAUAGAGGGAAAAAAAAAGAUUCAAGGCCGCUCAGUCAGAGAACUUGAUGACGAGAGAAACUUGAUAUCAAAAACAUGAAGCACCAAAGUGUAGAACUUUAGGCUUUUUAUGUGUUUAUGUGUUUUCGUUUGUGUGCUUAUUUUUUUCCGACAGAACGGAAAAAUCGUGUUGUCGUGGGAUUGGGGUGGGUGGGGGAGGUGGGUAGGGGGACGUCUGAUUUGAGGUUACGUGUUUUGUUGUGUUUUUAACGUCCUGUUCCCUUUGCGUUCCUGUGAAUAACCGGAGCCUUUCUUUUUCCUUUUUUUUUUUUUUUUUUUUUUUUUGUCUGACUGAUCCUACAUUCGAGGCUCCUUUUUAAAGCAGCUGAGUUAUUUUUUUUGGUUAGUUUUUUUUAAGAGGGAUUUUACUGUGCAAAUUUAAAGCUAAGCUGCGCGUGAUUACAUGUUCUGUUGUGUGUCUGUAUGCAUUUGGAGGGAGAAAGUGGGCUGGGGAAAGGCGUCUGCGUUUUGCAUGUUUGCCCGCCGCCUCUCCCUCACCCAACCCAUCCUGCUCUCUCUCUCUCUUUCCCUUUACCUCUCUCUUGAACCAUUCCCUCUUUUAACCGUCCCUCCCGCUCCUUUUAUCUGCUUUCUGCAAGGGCCUGGUUUGUUUAUAAUCACUGUGUAAAUACAGUGUAUGUAUAGAUAUAUGUAGAAAAGUGUAAUAUAUGUACAUGUAUCUAAGAGACACUCAUCCUGUGCAUCUGGGUAUAGGAACCACCCCAUGACCUCCUGUGACCCCUGGUCUAGUUCAGGAGCAACAUUUUCCUCAGAUUUCAAUUUGCUGUGAUUCUCCUCCUUAAAGUACUUCCUUAAAACUCUGGUAGCCUCUUGAUUAUUCACGACAAACAUGAAUACAUGCGCUCGUGACGGCUACCAGCUCUACUCCCAUGGCCGUAAGACUGUUUUUGGAGAUGGGGAAUCAAAGGAAUAACAGGUUUAAAAUAGUUUGACCCCUCUGCUCAACAAUGACUUUUUAAAUAUGAAUACCCUCAUCAUAGUUUCCUUAACUCCUGAUCCCACAAAUGCUGUGAGGCGUCUCUCCAUAUCAUAUGCACACACGCACGCACGCGCACACACACACACACACACACACACACACACACACACACACACACACACUCUCUCACACUCACACUCACACUCUCACUCACUCACUCUCACACGCCUGGUGGUGUCUUUAGGCUUUGUAACAUAUCCGCACCACUACUGUGUGACCACGGCGCCACCCUUGCUGUGCUGCUUAAUUGUCUCCAUUCAUCCGCAACAGUCGUAUCUUAACCCUCCCCAUCCCCACCUCCCCCACCUCCCUCCUCUGAUAUCUACCCCCUCCCCCCGUGCCCUCGGUGUACCGACAAAGUCCCUGCUGUUGAGAUGUUUAGUUGUACCUCUCUCUGUUGUUUCUCUGUUCCCGUGUUACUGGUUUGAGUUUUUUUGUUGUCGUCGCUGUUGCUGUUAACUUGUCGUUUGGUAAUUUGCCGAUCUGCCAAGCUGGAGUUCUGCACUCUCCCUCGCACACAGAAAAAAAAAAAAAAAAAUAGAGAGUUAAAAAAUAAAUAAAUAAAUAAAAGGGAAAAGAGGGAGAACGUAAAGACAACACAAAAUUACAGAUUGAAUGAUCAUAGAUUGAUCAGGACUAAAUUAUUUAUUAAUGUAAUCUACCCUUGGUGGUUUUAAAUUGUGCCUGCUCAGUUGAGAGGAGUCUUGAAAAGUCAGAGAGAGAAAGAGUUGGUGUGGGUGUGCAGGUUUUUGUGAACCUGCACUGUUGAACCAGAGCGGGAGACCUAGUUAUAUGCAUGUUUCAGUUACGCAUUUCUACCAUGUACCUACCUGAAUAAGGAUGGAGCCUAGUGUUAAUAUAUGAUAUUUGCAUCUUUUGAAAUAAGAAUCUCCUCCAUCCAGAAUGUUGAAUAGGUGACAUGAAAAAUAUAAAAAAUAAAAAAAACGCAAAAUUUUUAAAAAAAGGAUUCAGGAGCCGUAGCUUGGUAUGAGGCCCUCGAUGUUAGCGUUUUCCCUGCGUUGUAAUGAUAUACUAUUGGGCUGCGCUUUCUCCCCCAGCCUUCACAUGGAUGCUGGAGUUUUUUUGCAUGAUCAUGAUGUACAAUGAAAUACAACCAUGAAUUGACGACUAUCAAGUGUUUGUCUGAGUGUUAGUUGGUCUUCAUCAUAGCUUUGUUAUUCUUCGAACUUGGAUCUUGAAAGUAUUUAAUAAAAAUACUAUUUCAGCACUG